AUGAGUAUACCUGCCUUAUGGCAACCGUCAGCAGAUGGAUUAGAACUGUGGGUCUUUUGGUUUGAUGAAAGGCACACUGGGAAGAUAGACGCGAAUGAUGAUCUAUAUGCUCUUGAAGAAAUAAGGGUGGGCUCGUUUACUUGGGAAAAUGCUUAUUCUAAAAUACAAUCCCCCACCGCGUCUCCUGGUGCUUCUUCAGCACAAUCCAGUACAAGUGUACCUGUCACUGUCUCUGAAGAAUACAAACUGUUUAUACGUUCUAUACGUAACUUGAUUCAACUUCAAAUGAAAAGGAAAGGUGCAUUUCCUUUAGGUGAAUUCUAUCUAUUUCCUGAUUCAGAUAAAGACGUGAUUGUAGACACAAAUCCAACCAGCUUACUAAAAGCAACCAGCUCUAUGCUAUGUUGUUCCUAUACUAUUUAUUUAGCCAGCACUAAUCUAAUAUUUCAGCCUAAUACACGUCGCAUACAAAUACGGCCCAUGACAGCACAAACAAUACGAGCCCGAGGAAGAAAAGUCAUCAUCAGUCCUUCAGGGGAAACAGUCUGGAUUGGAUCGCAUCAUGGCAUACCACAACAGACAGAAGAGACAGUACUAAAACAAUGGUCCAACCUGUUUGACAUUCCUUAUGAACACUUGUGUUUGCCUCAUUUGCCGAAUGUCAUAGCACUUAAGCGUUCAGCCAAUGAAGAUCCAUUCUAUUACCCUACAGCACUUGUGUUUCUGCCUUCAUCCAACAAGAUGUCACCUACUGCCAUGGCUGGUAUGCAUGGAUUGUCUAGCUUUAAUCAGGGAUUUUCAGAGGAUUUAGGAGAUCGAUGGCGUCGUUGGACGUGGAGUGAGCACAUCUCAAAUUUUUGGGAAUAUAGGUGUCCUAGAGAUACAGCUACUACUGUUGUGUUGGACACUCUCUCUCAAGAGAAUGGGUCAAAUACGACAGGUGCAGGCCUUUUACAAAAAGCCAUGAGUGAGCCAGUGAUAUCGAGCCCUUUAAUGGCCACCAAAUCCGUAGCGACACCAGGUUCAGCUGUGCAUAUGAACCCUAUAUCUACGCCUUCUUCUGGUCAAGAAGAGGAUGUGUCCAUGUAUUCUUAUCGUAAUAACAAGUCAACUCAGCCAUUGUCUUUGGCUGAAUUUGCCAUGACACAUUUUGGUUUACCAACACAAGAGAAUGAUAUGGUUGAAUAUCCAAUGAUACAAACACCUAUUCUUCAAUAUAAUGAACAACUUUCUUUACCACCACCAUCACUACCACUACCACCACUGCCACAACAACAACAACAGCUACCAUCACUACAACAACAACAACAACAACAACAACAGCAACAACAACAACAACAACAACAACAACAACAACAACAAGAAGAUACUACUCAGUUAGCAUUAGAUAGUUUUGGUAUGGUUGAGGAUAUGGAUGUGGAUAAUAUGGUAUUGGACACCAAUAGAUGGACAGACGAUGGCAUGAAUGAUCUUGAUAAUUUUGAUUUUGGUGUAACAGAAGAAGAUUUCAAUUUCUUCGAGACUACUAAUACACAAAUGAUGGACACAAACAUGCUGGAAUCAAACACACUCUUAUUGCCUACAGAGAAUUUAGUCAAAGAUGAAAUGGACUUGAUGUGCGAAUUUGAGGACAAACUGAUGCCUACAUUAGAAGAGCCUCCCAAGGAAAUAUCACCUAUAGAGCAACAGUCUGAUAUAUAUGUGCCAUCUCAGUUUGCACCUGUCAAAUUUGAUUUUAUGGUCAAUGAUGCUAAAUAUACACAAGGUGGAAAAUUUACCUAUACGCCGCACACAAAUGAACUUAUCUUGAAAACCAGAAAACCCAGUGAAGAAUACAGACCAGACUAUAUACCCAUCUUACGCACAAGAAAGAAAGGUGGUAGAAGGAAAUCAAGUAAAUUAUUGCUAGACACCAUUGAUAAAGAGAACAAAUCAUUGGAGAACACAACUACUACGAUUGUACCCACUAUGGAGAACGAAGAUAAGAUGCAUGCGAUGGGCAAUGGCAGUAGUAACAAUAACAACAAUACCAAUGAUAACACCAACAGCAAUAGCAGUAACAGUAACAGCAGCAGUAGCAGUAGUGAUGAUAGCAGUGGUAGUAGUAGUAGUAGUGAUGAUGAUGAUGACGAUGCAAGCAAAACAAACAGAAUUUUGAGUGCUUUAAAUCAUGCUCAAGACAAGUAUAUACAGCAAUGUAUGACUAUCUCUUCUUCCAACAAAGCUGUUAAGCUAGAUCAAGUAUUCAUGGACUAUGAUAGUCCUUUUGCUCGUUCAGUUGUCAGUAGUGUCAUUCGAUUGGAUUCAACAGUAGACGUAUAUGAACAAGCAGAAGCAUUGGAUUAUCUAUGCCAACAAGCAGUGAUGGGUGGUUAUCCUUUCUCGGGUAAUAUUGAAGCCAUGUCUUCAAAUGGAUUUGAAGCCAACGAAGGAGAAUCAGCUCAAAUAGUGAUUGCCAGAAGAAGAAACUUGUUACAACGCUUUCAUGGUGACGCUAUUCAUAUUCCAUCUACGCCUAUCACUGUAAAAGGCCCUUUGAAUGUACAGCAAUACUAUGAUCUAUCAGAAACAAAUCAAGCACAUUCAAAAUAUGGUAAAUAUCAAGUCAAGAAGCGUAGACCAGCCGAACCCAACCUUGACGUACUUCAACCACCCAAUAUUACUGUCAGUAGGCAAGAAGAAUUUCUUGAAGGAACUUGUAAACUCAUUAUGUUUUGGGAGAAACUACGACUAGAACCUUACUCUAACAAGAAGCAUAUCAAUUAUUUCGUCUUGUACCCUAAAAACGAUACGAUUGAAUCGCAUGUUACACAUUUCUUUAAGGGGCUCAGUACACUGUAUGAGACAUGCCAAUUAGGCGCACAUCACCCGGGCAAUUUGAACCAGUACAAAAGAGGACUUGUGCCUGUACCACUCUUACCAGCUCAUGAACAUGAAUCCAUGGACCAAAGGCAAGUACGGAGUUAUAUGGUAGAAUGUCAACAGUUAGGUGCUGCACUCUCUCACUUGAAUGAAAACACUCAUGUUGUGAUUUAUAUGGUCAAUCCUGCUUCUCAUCUUGGCUCUCAUCUGGAUCUUAGUCGAUGCUUUAGCCAACUUGUACAAGUCUAUCAUACAUCCAUGAUGCACCGAGGAAACACGUCUCCUACUCGGCUUGUGCUUCAAUUGAUGCCAAUUGAACAUUUACUAAGGUCUACUUCAUUUGGUGGCUGCCUUAAAUUUGGUAUGAAGGAAAUAGCUUUUUCAGUCUACAGCAAAUGCCACACUGUCAUUAAUCGACAACAAGAAAAUUCAGUCACCGAUAUCUAUACACCUCCCUUCAUUCUGUCUAAACCUGCUCCUGCUCAAAUUCAGUUUAAACUGAAAAAGGCUAUCAGCGCAUUCCCUACUAUUCUUGAAAGUCAACAGGUAUUACAUUUAGGCUACACAUUUAGUUUUGAUAGACGAUGGAUGGUGGUUGUAUGGACAGACAGUCAUGGUGAAUUAGUCGAGUUUGCUAUUCUGGAUAGUCAGCAAUACAGUAAUGUGUUUGAAGAAGCAUGGUCUCGUACUAAGCAAGUAUCAAAACGCACUGGAUUUACAUGGACCUUUGUGAUUGCCAAGAUGGGCUUGUUGUUUGAAGAGGAACUGAAAUCAUGGAUCUCUUGUCUCUCAGAAGAACAAGUGGCCAUUGUUAGUAUGGACAUUGAAUCCACACUGUCAGUGAAUGCAAGUACAUUUGAUCCUGUAUUACAUGAUAUCUUACCAGAGAUCAAUACACCGGGCAUGAUGAACACAACCAGCAACAAAAAGAUGUUCUCGGACGUCAUUGAAAAUGGACAUACCAAGGCAUUGUUACUUAAUCACCGUGUAGCCUAUUCCAACAGACGAGAGCGUAUGUCACUCGGAAUAUUACACAUGGAUCCAAUAUCAGAAAUAGAAGAUUGGAUGAUACCCUUGGCCAGUGGUUAUAUGAUUCAUACACCGCCCACAACUGAAAAUCCAAACAGUGAACUCUUUAACUGUAAUCCUGUGAUAUUGGAGGUACAUUUGGUCUAUAAUCAAACAAGUCAUUCUGCUUACAGCACACUCAGAGAUAUUAUCAAGAAAUACCAUGCUUUAUCGUUUGUAAAUGUCAUGCCUUCCAACAACAAUUGUUUCCCUAUCCACCUUGCCUUGGUUGAAAGACUCUGUCGUCUCUUACUUGUUGUUCAUACAUAA